UAACGUAAUUUUACAUUGUCAAAUAACGCGAAUUGUUUGACACAUGUCAAAUAACUAAAAAAAAUGUAAAAAAACUACAAAAAUGCUCAAAAUCGAAUUCUCACAAGCCAAUUAACAAGUAGGUAUUUGAUUUUGAUUGAGCUUUCUGUUUCUUUGAUGUUGAACUGAACUUAGUUUGAUUUAACUCAUUUGCGUUGAUUUGAAAUUUGAGUAUAAUUAGAUUUGAAAGUUUUGUGAAAAUAAAUGUGAAAAGGAAUGAGAUGAGAAUGAGACCAAAGGAUACUGUUGGAAGAGCAAUGAUUGUGAAAACAAAUCCGAAUAAUGAUACCUAUUAAUGAAUAAAUUCUCAUUGACUCGACUGUGAUUUUGUGUUUUUAACGUUAUUUCAUGAGAUGAAAUGAAAGUGUUACUCUUUGCAGCCUUACUGGUGAAAGUGUUGAAUUAAAAACUAAACUCCGGUCUUAAGGUGAAGAAAAUGACGGCAACAGUUGACGAUAGUUCGUCUUUAGAAUCAGAUGUAGCAGAUGAAAGUGACAUCAAAGAAGACACCUCAAUAGAUGAUGAAGAUGAACGAAUGUGGGCAGCGCUCUCGUUCGUUGUAAUUCUCAUCAUUAUCGGAUUACCAUUAUGGUGGAAAAUGACUGAAGUAGAAAGAAGUUAUUUCCCGUACGAUGAAAUUUCAAAUCUGAAGUAUGAGAAUGUUACGUUUCCAUUUACUGUAUGUCUUAGUACGAUACACCCAAACCUGGGUAUCCAAAUGCAAAAUUCUUUACGGAAACUUUUUUCUCAAUCAAAUUUAUUCACAGUAAAUUUUCAAUUGCUGUCUUCUCCGAGUGAAGUCCAAAACAAAAGUAUUCAUGAUUUGGAAGACAUCGAGAAGCUACAUGUGGAUAAGCCUAACUUCUUAUUGCUUUUGGAAGCUUCAUUCUCAUCUAAUAAUAAUGUAAUCAUAGGAAGGCAUCGUACUGCGUAUUUCAAGAGAGAAACUCUUCCUACCGAAAUUUACGAUUUUCUGCAAGAAGUUGUUCUACAUGAAAAAAUAUUGAUAGAAUCAAUCAGAGCAGUUACGCAUCCCGGUUAUACGUCUGAAAAUCUUGAUUUUCUACGUAAAAUGCGUCCGCAUCCAAAAUACGAUAUUAUUUUCACAGUAGUAAAUCCAGAGCCUGAAAGUAUUAAAUUCGAUUGGAAUAGCGCAAUCAUUUUAGAGCAAUUUUUUCGACCACUCCUCAAUCAACUGCAUCUCUUGAGUGAGUUCAGAAUCAAAUCGCAAUGGCUGUAUUUCGUGAAUCUUCAACAGAUUCCUAGAAAAGUUGAUGAUCAUUUUGUAUUGCAUCAUAAGCAAGUACCACAUAUCAUUACGCCGCUAGAAAAGAAAAUUGGUUCUGGAGUUGCGAAAAAUCCUUGUAUAAAUUUCGUUCUUUACGUAACAAAAUGCGAACACAGUCCGAUGGUAUUUGUAGACCAUCGCAAUAAGCCUACAUCUGCUGUUCUUUCUGCCAGAUGGGGAGCUGUUCAAUUGAUCAAUCCAAAUAGUUCGCACUGCGUUGAACACCAGCCUUUAAAGAUUAAUCCGAAUAAAGUGAUGAAAGUAUUUCUAUCCCAAUUCAAAACAUUGUUAGGAUUAAGUGAUUUUUCUUUCAAUACGAACGUAAUACCAUCUAAGUUUGGAAAACAAAUUCUUCCUUGGGAGAUGGAUGGUUUAUAUCGUAUGCGUAUUCUAGAGCAAUUCAUUUCCUCUAGAAUUACCUUAACCUCGUUAUCUCAGCUUUUAGGUGAAAUAAGCAAUAUUGUUAUUACUAAUGAAGUUGGUAAUGCAGUUUUGGAAGCAGUAAUUACUGCUAAAAAAACUUUGAAAUCAUUGCAAGACGGGUUAUUAGUUGACGCCUUAAACUUCAGUACUAAAUCGUUUAUUCAUAGCGAAUUUGCUUUUACUCAUCCGUCAUUAUUAGCGUUGUUAUAUUUUCCGGAUGAUCAGAAAUAUGCCGUUUACAUUCCAUUGUACUUGCCGGUAAUGAUACCGGUGCUUCUUUCUUUAAAAAACAUUUACAACUGGUUGAAAAGAAAAUACCGGGGUAAAGAAUCGAAAAAGAAGGAAGAAUAGAUUAAUUGGUUGAAUUCUUUUCGUUACAAAAAGUCGAGAAAAACUUUUCUAGUCCGUUUUUUAAAUUUUUUUAUAAGCGCAGUUUCGCUCACUCAGCACGAGUUAUGCAUCGGUUCUGCGCAACAAGUACUGACGUUUUUCAUCUUUUUGUAAGCGUUUUAAGAAAAUUGAAAUUAGUAUAUGGUACAUAGUUUAUUUUACAUUCGUCAUUUUGUAUGUUCCAAUAAGUGUUACAAUAAACUCUUAAAUUAUGUUUUCUUAAA